CAAAUAGUAAUACAAAUAAGUAAUACAAAUGUGCGCAAUUUAUUGAAUUUCGUUCAAUUUAUAAUUUUUUUCUUUUUCCCAUAAUAAUUCUGAGUAACGUAGUUAUUUAUUUAUAUUAACUAAAAUUAAAAUUAUAAUAUACAGCUCAAUUAAUAUGGAUGAAACCCCAAAAAAUUUAUGGGAGGAUACUGAUACAAAUAAAUAUCAGUACCAUGUUACAAUUCCUACUAUUGAUUCAACUAUUGAAUCAGAAAAUGUAGAUGAAAGAGUAGUUUAUAUAGGAGAUUUAGAAAAAAGAAAACAAGCGUAUGGAAUAUGUGGAGAAUGUAAAGAACCUGGCAUAGGAUGGCAAUGGUGUCAAUCUUGUAAUGCUAAAAGAUUUAAAGAUAACUUUAAAAAUUGGACUAGUGGAAAUAAAGAUAUUGAUGAAUUUAUACAACAAUCACAACUUAAUACUGUAUAUAAUAAAAAAUAUCUUGAAUGGAUACCUUUUGAAAAAUUUCAAAAUAUCACUUAUAUUGCGGAAGGUGGUUUUGGACAUAUUCACCAUUGGGAUAUUAAAAAUCAAAAAUGGUAUAGGUUGCAAAAUGACAAAUAUGCAUUGAAAAAUUUUUUAAAUGAGAUUUAUCUUGUUGAUGUUGUUCAAUGUUUUGGAAUUACUCAAGAUCCAAAUAAUAAAGAGUAUAUGAUGGUUAUAGAAUAUUGUAAAGAUGGAAAUUUGAGAAAUUAUUUAAAUAAAUCUGAAAAUUAUUUAGAUUAUGAAUCAAAAAUUAAUAAAUUACAAGAAAUUGCAAGAGGACUUUUAGAUAUUCAUAAUGCUGAAAAAGUUCACAAAGAUUUUCAUUCAGGCAAUAUAUUAUUUAAAGGUUUACCAUUUAUAAGUGAUUUAGGAAUGUGUCAACCAGCAAAUAUAAAGCAAACAGUUAAAGAAGAAGGAAUUUAUGGAGUAUUACCAUAUAUGGCACCAGAAGUUUUACGUGGACAACAAUAUACAAAAGCAGCAGAUAUUUACUCAUUUGGAAUAAUAAUGAACGAAUUUCUUUCUGAAGAAAUUCCUUUUAAUGAUAUUCCUCAUAAUGAAUUUUUAGCAAUUAAAAUAUGUAAAGGAAUUAGACCAACAAUUUAUAAAGACAUACCAAAGUUACUUACAGAUUUGAUAAUAAAAUGUUGGGAUGCUGAAAUAAAAAAUAGACCAACCACUAAAGAAUUGUAUCAACUAUUGAAGAAAUGGUAUGUUGAGAUUAAAAAUAUUAAAAAUAGUGAAAAUAGUGAAGACGAAGAUAGUAAAAAUGGUAGCAAUAGUCAAAAUAGUGAAAUAUAUUUUCAAAUAAAAGAAUGUGAUAAAAUUAGAAAAGAAAAAUUCAAAAACAGGUCAAAUGAUGAUAAAUCAAAAAGUUUCAAACCGCAUCCACAAGCAAUUUAUACUAGCAGACUUUUAAAUUUCAAAAAUCUUCCAAAACCAGUAAAUUCUUCAGAUUUAUCAUCUUUUCAAUUCAGUUCAGACACUAAUUAUACUAUUCAAUCAACAUCAGCAAAUCCAAUUUCAGAAUGCUUAGAUGUUCAAUUAAGUGAAUUAGAACUAAAUGAAAUUUGUCAAGAUGGUGAAGAUAAUAUUGAAUGAAGUUUCUUUU